CGUUUAAACAGUACCAAAGUUACAGCUCAGCUCAGUUCUCUACUCUCCCGGCCUCUCUUUUCCGUACUCGGACUCUUCCAACUUCCAAGUUCCAACUAUGCAAACGCUACUACUGCCGGCGACGGCGGUGUCAGCGGGAUCUUCCUUCACUUCUUGCCUCCCCAGACGGCCAAGCCCGACCUUCCAUGUCUCUUAUUUUUCUCUACCACUUAUAAAUUCUCACUCUGCUUCAGCCAAAACCUACCAACCACCCUUUUCUUUUCCUUUGCCUUCUUACUCAGCUCCGAAUCACGUUCGGCAGAAGCUCUCCUUCUCUGUAAGGGCUUCAAUUCCCCCUCCAGCUUUCUCUUCCCCAAACGCUGAGGCCGAAAAGGAAAAGCUCGCUCAGGUGGCAAAAAGAUUAGAGAACACUUCAAGGCAGUUCAAGAGAUUUGGUAGUAUUGGAUUUUGGGCACAGCUUGUGUGCACCGUUGUGGCCGCUGUGAUUCUUUCGUUUUCGGUCGUCGUUACCGGGAAGAUAUCGUCGCCGGCUACUUUUUAUGCUACUGCUGCUGGGAUUACCGCGGCAUUCAUUUCAGUAUUUUGGUCAUUUGGUUAUGUUCGGCUUUCAGAUUAUCUUCGAAGAACUGCCAAUGAGCCUUCAAAAGCUCCUCCUCGUGCAGAUGUUGUCAAAAGCUUAAAAAAUGGCAUAAUAGUAAACUUACUUGGAUUGGGUGCUGCCAUUCUUGGUAUGCAAGCCACAGUCGGAUUGCUGGUUGCCAAAGCUCUUACAUCCUCAGUGAACCCUUACUCCCAAGGAAUUGCUCCUGGGUACAGUCCUGUUCUGGCAUUGGACGUAUUCCUGGUGCAGGCAUCAGCAAACACCAUCCUUUCUCAUUUCUUGGGGCUUGUUUUCUCAUUAGAGUUGUUGCGCUCGGUGACAUUACCACCUUUUGAAAGCAUUCCGGUUCCUAGAGUUGCAUAAGCUGUCCUUUAGGUAGCCGACACAAGGUAUUUAAAAGUUGGAGGUGACGCCAUGUUUUUGGAGCCAUGGAUAUUCAUGUCUAGAUAUUCACUUUUCUAUGCGGUAACUCAAAAAGUUAUAUGCAUUUCUAUUCCAA